GACUGGACCAUGGCGCUCGUCCGACUCCAGCUGCAUCUGUCUCUGGUGCACUUCCUCCCCUCGGACAUAGCUCCACCAACAAAUGUGGCCAACGUGUUAGACUGCUUCAGCUCUUGCUUGAGAUACCAGCAGUGUGUCUCCCUGAUUUACAACAGGAACAACAAACAGUGCUACACCUAUCCAGGCAGGCUUGAAGUUCCCUUCUGGGGAACUGACAUCAAUACUGACUUGGACAUUUACAACACCAACAGAGAUGGAUAUGGUUGUCCAAGUCAUCUUGGAUAUGAUUUUAAUUCCACGGUUAAUGUGUGUUACAAAAUACAUGGUGACUUUCAAACGAAGCACUAUUAUGCUGCUCGCAUCUGCGUCGCCGACGGUGGUCAUCUCAUCAGAAUCAAUUCAAGUGCCAAGGAUGAAUUCUUGUCUGUCGUUUGGCCAACUGGAUCUGGGGUUUUAGUGGGAAGAAGAGUAUAUGGAGAAUCUCACUGA